AAUAACUAUAUUAAAUAAAAAUUAAAGUAAAAAGACAACAAAAAGAAUUAGUUAAAAAAAAGUAGUGGUACAAACAUAAACGUGUUUUAAGAGUUUCCCCGAAGUUUCUAAGAAAGUCUUCAUCUUCUUGAUUACUCAUUUAAAAAAAAGAAAGAAAAAUCUCAUCUUCCUCUCAGAUUUCGAUAUUGACCCGUCGGUGUUUCUUCAUCUCUCGUCUGUUUUCUCUCUCUCACCAGAUCCCACCAACCCCGCCAUGGAUCUCCAGCCAGAAGAGCUCCAGUUCUUGACGAUUCCUCAACUCCUUCAAGAAUCCAUCUCAAUCAAGAAACGAUCUCCAAGAACCUUCUACCUCAUCACCCUCUCCCUCAUCUUCCCUCUCUCCUUCGCCAUCCUCGCUCACUCCCUCUUCACCCAGCCGCUUCUCGCCAAGCUCGACUCCUCCGACCCUCCUAACUCGGAUCGUUCACGUCACGACUGGACCAAGCUCCUGAUCUUCCAGUUCAGCUACCUCAUCUUCCUCUUCGCCUUCUCUCUCCUCUCGACCGCCGCCGUGGUCUUCACCGUCGCUUCUCUCUACACCGGGAAGCCGGUCUCCUUCUCCUCCACCAUCUCCGCCAUCCCCAAAGUCUUUAAGCGACUUUUGAUCACUUUCCUUUGGGUCGCUCUCUUGAUGUUCGCUUACAACGCGGUCUUCUUUGUCUUCCUAGUGAUCCUCUUCGUAGCUCUUGAUAUGAACAGUGUAGGCUUAGCGGUUAUCGCCGGACUGUUGAUCGCUGUUCUGUACUUCGGUGUUCAUGUCUAUUUCACUGCGUUGUGGCAUUUAGGUAGCGUGAUCUCUGUUCUUGAGCCGGUUUAUGGACUUGCCGCCAUGAGAAAAGCUUAUGAGCUUCUCAAGGGGAAGGUUAAGAUGGCCACGGGGUUGGUCUUUGUUUACCUUUUGCUCUGUGCGUUGAUUGGGGUUACUUUUGGAUCGAUUGUGGUUCACGGUGGAGGAAAGUAUGGGACUUUUACUAGGACUCUGGUUGGUGGUUUGCUUGUUGGUGUUCUUGUCGUGGUGAAUCUUGUGGGUUUGUUGGUUCAGAGUGUGUUUUAUUAUGUUUGCAAGAGCUAUCAUCAUCAGACGAUUGAUAAGACGGCUUUGUAUGAUCAUCUUGGUGGGUAUCUUGGUGAUUAUGUGCCUCUUAAGAGCAACAUUCAGUUGGAGAAUUUAGACAUUUGAAGCAUAAGAAAUGGGUCGAGAGAUUCUGCUACUACUGUUUCUUCCUUACCUUUCCAUCUCUUUUAUAUAUAUAUAUAUAUUUAUGCUAUGUAAGAUUGGAGAGGAAGUGGAAAUGUGGAAUCAGAAUGAAGUACUAGUAAUGUGAUGUUUAUGUACAGACUCAGCACUCUUUGUUAGUGUUUUUAUUUGGUUAAUCCAUGAUUUUAAGGAUA